AGGCGCAGUGUUCUGCUCUGGCAAAGGCCGGCAAAGUUUACGCCGUGGGCACCGAGGACAUGGAUGCGCUAGCCUUUGGAGCUCCCGUCCUUCUGCGUCAUCUGACUUUCAGCGAGGCCAGGAAAAUGCCCAUCCAGGAGUUCCGUCUGCAGACAAUUCUUGACUCCCUCAACUUCAGCAUGAGCCAAUUCAUCGAUCUUUGUAUCCUCCUGGGAUGUGAUUACUGCGACACAAUUCGCGGUGUGGGUCCGAAGAAGGCAGUUGACCUCAUCCAGCGUCUGGGCUCCAUUGAGGCCUCUCUGGAGUCGAUAGAUAAGUCAAAGUACGUCGUACCCGAGGGCUGGAUCUACAAGCAGGCCGCCAAUCUCUUUGUAAAUCCCGAGAUAACAGAUCCAGAACAGAUUGAGUUGAAGUGGACGGAACCUGAUGAAGAAGGCCUUGUUGAGUUCAUGUGUGCGAAAAAUGGCUUCAAUGAAGAACGUGUCCGCAAUGCCGUGAAGAAGAUUGUGAAGGCGCGUUCUGGAACAACGCAAGGCCGCAUCGAUAACUUCUUCACCCUCAAACCGGCACCCCCAUCUGAUAAGGUAUGUUCCACUGCCCGGCUCUGCUUCUUUGUGCUGCAUUUUCAGUAG